ACCCCACUCAGUAUAAAUACCCUCUCCCGCGCCCCUGCCUAACUCUCGCUUCCCAACCAUGGCGGACGGUCAUUCCUUCAACAAUAUCUCUCUCGGUGGUCGCGGAGGAACUAAUCCAGGACAACUUAAAGUCCACUCAGGUGGGAUACUAUGGAAGAAACUAGGAGGUGGCAAGGCUGUGGAUGUUGAUAAAUCCGAUUUGCUGGGCCUUACAUGGAUGAAAGUACCUCGAUCUAACCAACUUGGAGUUCGGACCAAAGAUGGCCUCAACUACAAGUUCACUGGUUUCCGGGAUCAGGAUGUUGCGAGCCUUAAUACAUUCUUCCAGUCCAACUUUUCAGCAACUCCAGAGGAGAAGCAGCUUUCUGUCAGUGGAAAAAAUUGGGGAGAAGUUGAUUUAAAUGGGAAUACGCUUACUUUUCUUGUGGGCAAUAAGCAAGCAUUUGAGAUAUCUCUAGCGGACGUAGCACAAACCCAGCUACAAGGGAAAACUGAUGUCAUGUUGGAAUUCCAUGUUGAUGAUACAACUGGUGCCAACGAGAAAGAUUCAUUAAUGGAAAUAAGUUUCCACAUUCCUAAUUCAAACACUCAAUUUGUUGGUGAUGAAAAUCGACCUUCUGCUCAGGUAUUCAGAGACAAGAUUGUCUCAAUGGCAGAUGUUGGAGCAGGAGGUGAAGAAGCUGUUGUUACAUUUGAUGGGAUUGCCAUACUUACUCCUAGGGGACGAUACAGUGUCGAACUUCAUCUUUCCUUUUUACGUCUCCAAGGACAAGCUAAUGACUUCAAAAUUCAGUACAGCAGUGUAGUUCGUGUUUUUUGGUUGCCUAAGUUCAACCAACCACACACCUUUGUUGUCGUGACACUCGAUCCUCCAAUUAGGAAGGGCCAAACCUUGUAUCCACAUAUUGUGAUGCAGUUUGAGACUGAUGCUAUUAUGGACACCACUUUAUCAAUGAGUGAAGACCUUUACAAUUCCAAAUACAAAGAAAAGCUUGACCCAGAUCACAAGGGACUCAUCCAUGAGGUGUUCAUUACUAUACUGCGUGGUUUGUCUGGUGCCAAAGUCACCAAACCAGGGAAAUUCCGCAGUAGUCAGGAUGGUUAUGCUGUCAAAUCAUCACUCAAAGCUGAAGAUGGAGUUCUAUAUCCUCUUGAAAAGAGCUUUUUCUUUUUACCCAAGCCACCCACUCUAAUUCUUCAUGAGGAGAUUGACUACGUGGAGUUUGAGAGGCAUACUGCUGGAGGUUCAAACAUGCAUUAUUUUGAUUUUCUCAUCAGACUCAAGACUGAGCAGGAGCACCUUUUCAGAAAUAUUCAGAGAAAUGAGUAUCACAAUCUCUUUGAAUUUGUCAAGGAUAAGGAUUUGAAGAUGAUGAAUUUCAAUGCGGGGAGUGUCCCGAAUGCCGAAGGAGUAGCAGCUGUUUUGCAGAGUGAUAUUGAUGAUGCUGUUGAUCCACAUCUCGAGAGAAUCAGGAACGAAGCAAUUGGAGAUGAGAGUGAUGAGGAGGAUGAAGAUUUUGUUAUUGAUAAAGACGACGGAGGCUCCCCCACUGAUGACUCUGGGGGAGACGACUCUGAUGCUAGUGACAGCGGAGGGGAGAAAGAGGCAACACCAAAAAAGAAGCCCAACAAGGAACCUUCUGCUGCGAAGGCGUCAUCUAGUAGGAAAAAGACCAAAGAUGACGAUGAUGAUGGAAAGAAGAAGAAACAAAAGAAGAAAAAGGAUCCAAAUGCUCCCAAAAAAGCAAUGAGUUCCUUCAUGUUCUUUUCUCAAGCCGAAAGAGAGGAUGUGAAGAAGACUAAUCCAGGAAUUGCGUUUACAGAAGUAGGAAAAGUACUCGGAGAAAGAUGGAAUAAGAUGACAGCCGAGGAGAAGGCUCCAUAUGAAGCAAAAGCCCGGGCUGACAAGAAACGCUACGGUGAUGAGAUCAGUGGCUAUAAGAAUCCACAGCCGAUGGCAAUCGACUCGCCAGAUGGAUCUGACACCUCUUAGAGUUCCAUUGCUGACGACUGUCCGAGGUUUCAUGGAGUCAGUCUACUAGCCUUGAGGUUUUACAGCCGAUACAUGUGUGUCUUUCUUGUUACACAAAGAUCUGUGAUAUGGCUAUAAUGCAACCAUGUUGAUGCAUGUGCUUAUAUAAUCUAACCAAAUUUAGAGUGAUGAAGGUUAUGUUUCACAUCAAAGGAGUGUUUGGGAAUAGAUGUAGCCUUUUGAAUUAUGAAAGUAAUUAAAUUCAUAUUAUUCUGAGAGCCAAAUGCAAGUUGGAUUUUAUUCA